AUGGUGCUCAUCGCCAUCGUCGCCGGCUUCCUCAGCCUCGUCACCGUCGUCGGGAACUCCAUGGUGAUGAUCUCGUUCAAGAUCGACAAGCAGCUGCAGACCAUCAGCAACUACUUCCUGUUCUCGCUGGCAGUGGCCGACCUGGCCAUCGGGCUCAUCUCGAUGCCGCUGUUCACCGUGUCCACGAUCCUGGGCUACUGGCCGCUCGGGCCGCACAUCUGCGACACGUGGCUGGCGCUCGACUACCUGGCGAGCAACGCGUCCGUGCUCAACCUGCUCAUCAUCUCGUUCGACCGCUACUUCUCCGUCACACGGCCGCUCACCUACAGGGCCAAGCGCACCACCAACAGGGCUGCCAUCAUGAUCGCGGCGCUGGCGAGAGUGGACGCGGCCCUCCACGAGGGCCAUCGAGCGGCCGCCGCCGGCAGACACAGGUGCGAGACCCGCGCCUGCGCGCCGCCGAGGCGUUGCCGCUGCCGCUGCCGCUGCCUUCCCACCUCCAGUCCACGUUCUGCGGGGCCAACGCACUCCUACAUAAUCGCGCUAGUCUCCGACGCUCGAAGUAGUUUCUCGUGGCGCACGUGCGAUCAGCUACAUGUUGAUAGCCCAUCAGUUUCACAGUAUGAUGAAGAUGAAUAG